AUGCCAGAAACACCCCGCCGUGUCAGAGACAAGGUCGACACUACCAUCGACGCACUCAAUGCAAGAUGGGACCUGCGCCUUCCUCAUCUCCAUGGCCCUGAGGCGUGGACCGCCGAAAAUCAGCAGUCUCUUGGCAAGAAAUGUUCGGCCAAAAUCAGAUACCUUUGCUUCAGACCUGUGAACCUCGAACGCAUUACAGCAGACUUCGAGGUCAAGGCUCGACAGCUCUUUACUCAUUGGGUAUUCAAGCCCUCCCAAGAACGUGGCACCAUUCCCACCUGGCCUGUGAAGAAAAGCCAGGUCGAGCACGAUCUCCGGUCAAAAUCCAAGUCUGGGGUCGUCUCCCUCACUGAAACCCAACGACAACAGCUUCAUGAAGUCCUUCACUCGAUACUUGAUGAAGACUACCAGCUCGCACGGGAGACUGAUGCUUAUGAACGUAAAGACGGUCCUUCCUCGGUUUCAGCUAGCUCAUCAUCGACCAACUCAUCGUACCACACGCCUGCACAGUCUCCAACUACAAACCGCCGCUCCAAGCACAUCACCAAGGUAGUCAAGCCAGACGCUGAUGAGCCAGAAAUGAAGGAUCCACUGGGAAAGUCAGCCAAGCGGUCCUUCAAUUCACCCCCAAAGAAUGCCAAACGUCAACAGACAAUGAUUGAAUACCUGAAAGCACGCCCCGCAGUUCAUUCAAGUGGCUGUGAAGAACAAAAACCGCCGGGAUCCUUUGAAACAGUCCAGUCAGGAGCAGCCCCGAGUGUCUUUUCUUCUGCCAACAGAAGCCACACCGACACCGGAUCAGCGGACACGUCACUAUGUGAGCCAGAUUUACCGAAAUCACAGGACCUCAUUUGUACUCAAGCUACAGAUGAAUACAAUUUCAUUGAACAAAUGGAAAGAUCCAUUACCGAAUCAAUUGGGCCAACGCUACCCGUUGGAGAAGCACGACUUGUUGAGUCACAACGACCAAUUGACAAAUUGAGCCCUAGUGACAUAACAUAUUUCGACAAAAACUCCCCAUUCAAGCCGAGACCAAGGCUCGCUAAUGAGAUGCCAUAUUGGCAGUGUUGGGACAUCCACAGAAUUGCGGACGAACUGGACAUGGAUCCCAACGAUCUGAUCGAAAUGGUCGUCCGAAUCAUGGCGUCGAGCAAGAACAAGAACAAGGGCGACAGCUUUUGGGAAGCAAUAAAAUCUAUUUUUGCAAGGCUGAAGAAACAAAUCGUACCCAAAUCGGAAUUUCACAAGUGGAUGGUGAGUUCGAGUCAAUACUAUGAUGAGACAAGCAAUACAGCCACUUCCUUCAAGGGAAAAUUUGAAUGGUGCAAGGAUACAUCGAAGGGCCUGUUCGAUUUCAAAUUGAGCCCUCUACAGUCAGACAAGUCGUACCGCUUUCAGAGGCAUUUUGGUGCCGAUCGAUUUCUUAUCGUUUCAUCGCCUGUUCUGUCACAGUGUCCUUUACUCAAAAAAGAGACACCAGCAACCAAGGAAAUUGUGCAUGAGAAUAUCUGCGAAUGGCUUGUCAAAACCCCUCAUUAUAUUGCAGGGAGGUACUGGAGGGUGUUUUAUGCCGAACAAGACAAGGCGAAAAAGAGGCCAAAAGAUCAAAAUGAAACCCCGAGAAUAAAGUUGUUUCUUUUCGCCGAGUCAGGGGUCGGCAUUGAGCCGAUCAUGCUCACAGACCUCCACUCUUUGCAACCCUCUCUCGGAACACGGCAUCAUCAGGAGAUCAAAGUAGAAGAUUUGCUUGAAUGGCACAUGCCAAUGAGCCAUAAUAUACGCUCGACCGAUCUCAAGCUUUUUUCGAGGCUAAGUCUUGGCUUUUCCAGGACUACCCCGACCGUCGUACUCCGGCGUGAUCAGUUCAUCUAUGUGUCCGACACUCUUGGAACCACAGGAACCGACGGAUCAAGAAAGGUCAUGAACGAUGGUUGUGCGCGCAUGUCACUAGCUCUUGCUCAAGCAAUAUGGAAAAAGUGUGGCGACACCUAUGGGUAUGAUGUACCUAGUGUGGUACAAGGGCGAAUAAGUGGUGCAAAAGGUUUGUGGCUGGUUGACUACGAGAAUACGUACGCCGAUCAGGGUUAUGAGAACAACUAUUGGAUUGAGGUCAACGAUUCUCAAUUGAAAAUACAACCUCAUCCGGCUCUUCGACACGAUGCUGAUGAAAGUCAGCGCACAUUCGAAGUAUUGAAGCAUUCGGGAUUACCUACAGAGGGUCACCUCAAUUUGCAGUUGAUCACCGUUCUAGAGGACAGAGGUGUGUUGCCAGCUGUCUUUCAGGAUGCACUGGUGGCAGACACGAGUGCUUACUCGGGUUCUCUCAUGGCCGCUAUGCUAAGUCCCACGACUUUAGCCCUGUGGCUUCAAGAAUACGCAUCAAUCGCCAAGGCUGAGAUUACCAACAUGCUUGGUAGAUUUCCUUCUGAAAAAGCAGAUCAAGUCAUCUUACUAUUGGAUGUCGGGGUGGAGCCUGCUGACAGUGCCAUGAUUGCCGAUGCUAUUUACAAGAUUCUAAGCAACCAUAUGGAGGAAUAUGUGGAGAGACUAAAGAUCAAAGUACCAAAUUCAACUGUUGUGUUCUGUGCUCCUGAUCCCUUAGGCGUUCUCCAACCAGGAGAAGUCCACAUGGGAUUCACGAAAUCGAUCAAUGAUCCUCGCACAGGGGUCCCUGAGAACAACCUCGACAACAUACAGGUUUUACUCGCCAGAAAUUCUGCAUAUCUACCCUCCGAUAUCCAACAAGUGACCGCAGUCUACAAGCGCACAUUAAGGAAUUACAAGGAUGUCAUCCUGUUCUCUACUCGAGGAGAAAUACCCCUCGCAUCUUUGCUGUCUGGUGGCGACUAUGAUGGUGACACUGUCACCGUUAUUUGGGACCCCAAAAUUAUUGAACGUUUCCACAAUGUCGACAAAAUACCACAGUUGAAAAGUGAGAUAGAGUGUGGCCUAGUCAACAGAUCAAGGCCCCUCUCAACCAUUUUCGGCGAUCAUCCGACACAGCCCAACAGCGGUGAUUGGCAAACUUGUCUGAAAGGGUGUAUUAUGUUCAACUCCCGGCCGAGCCUGAUGGGCAUGUGCUCCUCCGAGUAUGAAAAGCUUGUGUACUCGUUAAGCGUUGCUGGUGACCAGUCUAAACUAUCGCAUGGCGGUGUCUUGGGCCUUGCUGCUCUCGCGGGGUACCUGGUCGAUGCGACCAAAAAAGGCUGGGAACUCACAGACAAGGGCUGGAUUCAAUUCAAAAGAGGCGCAUCAGGACGACUUGCCUUGCCCGUUCCCGCUUACAAGAGUGACACGCUGCCGGCAAUUUGCGCCAAUGUCAUCGACUUUCUAAAGUUUAAGGUUGCCAAAGGGCAGAUGGGCAACGCCAAGAAAGCUUUCGUUGAAACAUAUUCAAAGAAAGCAAAGUAUGACCCAGACAUUGGUGCUUUUUGGAAGCACUACAUGGCGAAGGCAUUGGCCGAGGGGUCAUUAGUCUCAGGCACGAGGUCUCGAAAUGCUUUGCCGGAGCCAGCUUCUUUGACAAGCCUUAUUCUCCAUGGUGAAAACUCACUCAGCAACAAGAUCAAACAGAUCGUUCAAGAUUGGAAAGAUGGACAUCGUGGAAACAAUAAUAACAACAGCUUCCAUCCAGAGUCCCACGGUGAAGGCAGGAAUUUCGUGUUAGCGAUUAAUGAUAUCAAUCACCAAUUUCAGAGCAUUGCGCCACCACCAAUGUCUCAUCACUGGAUUCGUGACCAACACGAGGAUGGCCUAAUGUCUAACUUAUCGAUAUGGUCUCUACUUCGUGCUUCUUGCCUAUAUUAUGAAGUCUGCUGUGGAAAGGGUCACUCCUCGUGGAUAUGGUAUGUUGCGGGACCCGAGCUCUGUCUCCUCAAAGCGCUCAAAUGUGGUCUGGAUUCUCGAGUGGUUUUGGACAGGAUGCACAGGAUGAUGAAAGUUGACACCAAACAUGCCCGGCGCUUAUUGGAGAAACAGGAGGAGUCAUUUGCCAACUUUGAAGAGGAGGAUGAAAACGACGGUGAUUGA